AGAGACGCCCGACCAAUUACUUAAGCCUCAUAUGUGCCAGCUAAAAUGUGAGAUUUUGGUGUACAGCACCCAGAAGUGAACAGUCAGGCUGACCCGGAAGCUGUGCUGUCUGGAGGCGCAUAGAGAACAUCCAGCCUCUUCUCUGCUUUAUUAAAGCCUCUCCUGCGAGGAAAAACACUCUGACAUCGAUAUAAAAGAAAGAUGGCAGAGCCUCGAUUCAAUAAUCCAUAUUUCUGGCCACCCCCUCCCUCUAUGCCUGGUCAACUGGAUAACCUGGUUCUUAUCGACAAGAUCAAAGAGCAACUGAUGGCAGAAAAAAUUAGACCUCCGCAUUUGCCGCCCACCACUGUUCCCUCUCAGCAGACUCUGCUGGUGGCCUCUCCACCUUCAGAUGGUGGUCAACAUGUGAUGUCUAUCCCCAAGCUGCAGCAGGUGCCGGGUCUUCAGGCCCACAACUCCUCUCAGCCUGACAUCGCCCUGCACGCCCGCCCAGCAUCCAGCACCAUCGCAGAGCUGAAUAUAGAUGACAAGACUGCAGUGAAGGCGAAGGGAUUAUGGGAAGACUGGCAUAUGCGACAAGCAGUGGACCAAGCCUCAAGAGCGAACCAUCGCUCAGGUCUCACGCUGUCGUCCCGCACAGAAAGCCACAACACCUCUGAGGCUAUAACUCCCACAACCCCGACGUCUAGCAGCCAGAACCGUUUGGGCGGUGCGCCUUCCUUAAACACCAUUUCUGGCCUAGCCAGUGGUCCUGGCAUGGAGCAUGUGAAAAGUGGAGGUCUGGUGGGGAUGCUAGGACCACAGCCCAAAGCUCCACGGGGCCGCAAGAAGAUUAAAGCAGAGAACAACACAGGCCCAUUGCUGGUGGUGCCCUACCCGCUUCUGGCCUCAGGCCCUGACCAGGCAGUUACCAUCGCCAAAGAGGGAAAAACAUACAGGUGUAAAGUGUGUCCCCUCACUUUCUUAAACAAAUCAGAGAUGCAGAUUCAUUCCAAGUCCCACACGGAGGCCAAACCCCACAAGUGCCCUCACUGUUCAAAGUCGUUCGCCAACGCCUCAUACCUAGCACAGCACUUACGUAUUCACUUAGGCAUUAAGCCCUACCACUGCUCCUAUUGUGAGAACUCCUUCCGCCAGUUAUCACACCUCCAGCAGCACACCAGGAUUCAUACUGGUGACAGACCAUAUAAAUGUGCCCAACCAGGAUGCGAAAAGGCAUUCACACAACUCUCAAACCUACAGUCUCACCAGAGACAACAUAACAAAGACAAGCCAUACAAGUGUCCGAACUGCUACCGCGCCUACACAGACUCAGCCUCCUUACAGAUCCAUCUCUCCGCACAUGCCAUCAAGAACGCUAAAUCGUACUGUUGCAGUAUGUGUGGUCGCGCAUACACCUCAGAGACCUACCUUAUGAAGCACAUGUCCAAACACACCGUGGUGGAGCAUCUGGUCAGCCACCAUUCCCCACAGAGAACGGAAUCUCCCAGCAUCCCCAUACGCAUUUCACUUAUUUGAGCUUCCUCCCUCAUGUUUCUCUUCCAUUAAAAGGUAUUUUGUUCACGCGAUGGUCUUCCGUUGAGAAAAAAGUGUUACGAGCCCUCGGAGGACAUUUGAGUCUGAUAUUGUCUUUGCCCCUUUAGCUCUUAGUGAUAUUAAGCCUACAGGCCACAGACUCAACAACUGCUGUCUGAACUGAACUCAACUCCAGACACCAGUCUAAAGGAUUUUAAUUGAUUAUUCCAAAAACAGAAUGUCACAGUUGUGAUCAUUUUUAAGGAGUAGUUCACUUACAGAAUUAAAAUGUCCUGAUAAUUUACUCACCCGUAUGUCAUGAUGUUCAUGUCUUUCUUUCAUCAGCGAAAGAAGUUAAGGUUUUUGAUAAAAACACUACAGGAUUUUUCUCCAUAUAGUGGACUUCAUUGGUGGCCAACAGGUUGAAGGUCCAAAUUGAAGUUUGAAUGCAGCUUCAAAGGGCUCUACAUGAUCCCAGCAGAGGAAUAAGGGUCUUAUCUAGAAACGAUUGGUCGUUUUCAGGAAAAAAACAGAAAUGUAUGUGCUUUUUAACCACAAAUGCUCGUCAUGCAGUAGCUCGGAGGUCACAUGUGGUGUAGGCAGAAGUACCGACCCAGUGUUCACAAAGUGAACGUGCAAAGAAAGUCAAACGCCCUUUACAAAAAGAGGAGAGGAGAAAAUGAAAUGGAGUUUUUCACCCUUCUCUACCUUUUUGAACUAGAGUACAGAAACAAAGAACUAACCACACAUGACCUUUCAACCAUGAUAAUGUGUGAAGUCGCGGAUGUGCAUUGCAGAGCUAAUGCAGAUGAGCAUUUGUGGUUAAAAGGUAAGUCAUUUUACAUUAUUUUUAGAAAAUGACCAUCGUUUUGCUAGAUAAGACCCUUAUUUCUCGACUGGGAUUCAUGUAGAGCUUUGAAGCUUCAUUGAAACUGCAAUUUGGAUCUUCAACCUGUUGGGUCCCAUUGAAGUCCUCUACAUGGAGAAAAAUCCUGGAAUGUUUUCCUCAAAAACCUUACUUUUUUUUGACUGAAGAAAGACAGACAUGAACACUUCGGAUGAAUGGGGAUAAAUAAAUUAUCAAGAAAUUGUAAUUCUUGGAGUAAACUAAUCCUUUAACAUUUUGUUUCAAAGGUGUGUAAGGGAGACUUCCAAAGAUACUCUUUAAGCACUUUUACAGCCUCGUGGUUUUGGCUCAAAGUCGAAUGAAUCUUUUCAGAAUGGGAGCAGCUUCUCGCUUUGGGCAGCUAUGAGAGUUUAAACUUAGUUUUACCAGGAUGUUGUGUUUUAUAUUACUGUGGAUGUGACACUUCUUCCACUUUAAGCUUCUAUUAUCCUUUUAUAAGGGGUUUUAGGUCAUGGUGAGAAAUGUCAAGCUACGUUUUAAGUUCUGUAUGCCGUGACACAGUUCCGGUAAAGUUUUGUGGAUUUUAUAAGCACGUUCGUUGGCCGAGUAUUUUGUACCCUCAAAGGUGAAGGAAUUCCAAGAAAUCCCCCACGAACAUAAAAGAGUGUUAACACUCUCUAAAACAAUGACGCGUGUUAUUUGCAUCAUAGAUGUUUUACUUUUUGUGACAAGGCCUUUUUUGUGUGCAAUGCAAAUUUCAUCCCUUCCAAUCACAGUAUUUUGAGGAGAAAGUGUCCUUUUUUGUCAUUUUUUGAAUUAAAUGGCAUAAUAAUGUCCAUUAAGUGGAUUUUUGUCAAGAAGAAGUGUCACACAGGUUCAGUGUUGUUAACUGAAUCACACAUUUAGGGUGUAGUGUGACCUCUGACCUCCGUUAAGUGUUAAUUCCCUCUAUUCUUCCCAACACAAGUGAUGCAAAAGCACCUCGGGACAUUAAGUUACACUGAUGGAAAGUUUUUUUUUUUUUUAGAUUAUGAUGUAUGGCCUAUUUAGAUUUUUUUUAUUGGUCAAAUUCAAACUUCGUAUACCAAAAUAUCAGUGAUCAUGUUUAAGAAAGUCAAAAAAGCUCAUUUUGAAUGUAUUUGUUUUCAUUCCCACCAGUGCGUUUCUGUUACACAAGUUCAUCCAAAACUAAAAACUCUGUAAAUCUGAUGUUUAACUGUUUUUUGGGUUUGUUUUGUUGUUUUUUAUACAGUAUAUAUAUAAUUGCUCUGACAAGCAAACCAGCAUACAAGCUGAUAAAACAUAUUUUUAACAGUAGUGGGCAGCAGUAUAAAACGUUCUCACAGAGUUCAAGCACACAUGGUCUAUUGAAUUAUUCUAGCCAGAUUUGAUCAUACGUGAUCAUACUUGCCGUAUGUGAUUUCAACAGGCCACAACACUGCAGCUCUACAACAUUCGUUUAUUUUCGUGGUCAUUUAUACCAGUCAUUUGUUAAGCUUACUGUUUUCAAUUCAUGUAUAUUUAGGAAACUUUUUUUGUCUGUCUGUUUGCAAAGGACCAAGCUGUUGCUCUCAAAAUUCCCCAAAAAGUCUCAUUAUAUAAGUCAUUAUAUAUACAGUUUAGGUGAUUUGUUACACAGUAAUGGUUUACUGGGUCAAAGUUUUUUUUUUUUUACUUUAAUAUUUGGGAAUGUGACCAAUGUCACAAUUUUAGAUAACAGCUGUUUGAUGAAAACCUACUACUUGGUGCUUUCUACAAAACCUCAGCUCAUUGCCAGGAAUAGAUUAUUACAUUACAGUACAAUCCUGGCUUGUUCAGUCUCAAAUCCAUUUUAAAUCAGUAAGACGUGUACAUUUACUAUAAAAUAUACCCUGUAUUCAUUAAUAGUGCAAAUUGCAAGGUUUAGAUACUGUACUUUGUUCAUUUUUGUAUCUGUUUAGUAUAUUUCAACUUAUUAAUAUUUGUUUUUCUGUAAGUACUGAUCAUUGUUUUUCUAGGCAUCCUUGUCAUUUUUAUGUGUACGCCUUAAUUUUAUCAUCGCUGAAAGACCGGUUUCUUUCUCUUUCUCCCUUUCAUGUCGACGUUUUUCAGUAUUCGGUUUUCUUAAGCCUUUUUUCCGCAUGGAACACAGUAAUCGUUAUUAAUUAACUGUUAACAUGUACUACGUAAGACAUUGUUAUGUACGUUCUGAAAUAAUUCACGUUUUCCUUCGUCUUGCAUUGUGGUUUCAUAUAAAGAUUUUGUUUAAUAUGCACAGACAAGACUGAUAGGUGAAUUAAGAAAAUAUCAAUGUCAAGAACACUUUGUAUCUCUAUCUUGUUUAUUAAAUUCAGACUGUUA